GCCACCCAAACACAAUUGGGGACACUGGCGGGCCUUUAAGUCUGGUCUUUCUUCUUCCCUGUCAUGGCGAUCUCUCCUCCUCUCUCUAACCCAGACCCCUUGAGGAAAAGCUAAGUGUAGAUACUUGCUGGAGUCUAAAAGCACUUUGUGACAGCAUACAUCAGGUAAGAAUUUUCUUCUCCUCAGCUCCCUAUUGUCCUGCUCAGUCUCUGGAGAGAUGAGGGUUGGCCAACUGGGAGAAGAGAAAAUUGGGUCAGCAUAAGCAUCCACUGAGCUCCACUGUGUCUUCCCACCAGCCAUGAGCACCUGCAAUCCAGCAGAGCUCAGGAACAAGGCAAAGCAUGCUUUGUAAAUUUUAAAAAUUAAAGGGCUGGCUAAGUGGUAAGAGCGCUUGCUGCUCUUGCAAAGGACCUGAGUUUGAUUCCCAGUACCCACAUGGUGGCUCAUGACAUCUAACACCAUUAGGCAUGCACAGUAGCACAAGGACAUACAUAUAAGUAAAACACUUAUACAUCACAAUAAUAAAAGAAAUAAAUAUAAAAAUUAAUCCAGGCUGUGUUGUACACCCAUAAUACCAAGACUUAGGAAGCAAAGGCAGGAAGAUGAGAAGUUAAAGGCCAUUCUUAGCUGUAUAAUGAGUUCAAGAGCAAUCUGAGGUAUGUGCGGUCGACCCUCUCUCUAAAAACCAAACAGAUCUCAGUUUCAUUAAAUCACCUUAAUUACUAAAAUGGAAGCUAAAGUGACAAACAUCGAUUGCUACCUAAAAAUAACUAGAAAUUUCAUGGAAUUCAGAGUCAAAGAUAUAGUCAGAGACGAAUAUCUUUUCAAUUUUUUUUUUUUGAGAUGGCGUCUACCAGCAUAGCCCAGGCUGGCCUAGAACUUGUGAUCCUUCUGCCUCAGUUGCUCAAGUACUGGAAUUAUAGGCAUAUGGUCCUACAUUUAGUCAUUAAAUGGUUUUAUAGUUAUCCCUCCCUUCACAAUUUCUGUUCUUUGAAGAUUGUAGUUACACAGACACACAUUCUCUUAUAGCUUGCUAAUUAGACCUAUAGAUUCGUAUGUAGACCGUCCCACGGCUUUGCGGAAAUCUCACUCUCUGUUCAUCACAUUCACCCACAUACACAGCAAAUGGGCAUUGAGCACCAUGAUCCCGGUGCUGGCCGAGAUGCCGCAGACAUGGUGAAGGGAGAGACAGAAAGAUUUCUGUCAUCAUAGAGCAUGUCUGUAGUAGACAGCGACACGUAACCAUCACCCAGUGUCCAGGUUCUGCUGUUGACAAUGUAAUGCCACCAGAUAAGGACAUUCCAUUUGGUUUUUUAAAAAAGCUUGGUUUGAAAUAAACAUAGGAACACACACAAUGUAAAAAAAAAAAGGGGGGGGGGGCUUCUUUGGCUUAACAGUUCCGGGCAAGGCCUGAAAGCCACAUCUAGUAACAGCCUGUCUGUUACUAGAAGCCAUAGCAGUACAAGCCAAGAGCCAUGGAGUGUUCCAGGGACCUAACCAAACUAACUUCCAUAGGUGAUCCAUUCUUGAGAUAAAUUAUUAACCCAUUAAUUAUUAAAAUCCAUUUAUGAGGACAGAGUCCUAACCGUACAGGUCUCUCUCUUAAUACCUUGUCAUGGGGAAUGAUGAAUUCGGGGGGUGGGGGCAAACCAUUAUUCAAAGUUUAGCAGAUAGGUGCUACUCUGAUUUUUUUCAUUAUUUUGCUGUAUAUGUUUUGCUGCAUGUAUGUCUGUGCACCACAAAUGCACAGUGUCUGUGGAAGCCAGAGGAGGAUCCCCUAGAACUAGAGUUCUAGGUAGUUGUGAGCAGCCAUGUGGGUGCUAGGAACAAAACCAGAUUCUGUGGACGAGCAGUCAGUCCUCUUAACCACUGAGCCACCUCUCCAGCCCCACAACUGCCACCCUUAAUAGUAAAAGGCUAUGGAAUGACAAACUACCACUUUAUAUUUAGUGGUCCAAGAAGGGUGUCCUGAGAAAGUGACAGGAUCUGAUGGAGGUGAGGAUGCUUGCCAAGCAAGUCUGGUGACUUGGUCCAUUCAAACCCUGGAACCUUUAUAAAGCUAGAAGGCAGAAUGAACGCUGAAAGUUGUCUUUAACCAUGUGCAUGCCUAUGCCAUACAGAGAGAGAGAGAGAGAGAGAGAGAGAGAGAGAGAGAGAGAGAGACAGAGACAGAGACAGAGACAGAGAGAGACAGAGACAGAGACAGAGACAGAGACAGAGAGACAGAAGAGAGGGAGAGAGUUUUUCAAAUCUAUGGAAUCGGUGGUGCAUGCUUUGAAUCCUAGCACUCAGGAAGCAGAGACAGGCAGAUUUCGUAAAUUCAAGACCAGCCUAACAUAGCAAGUUCCAGGCCAGACAAGGCUACAUAGUGAGACUUUGUCUCAAAAAUAAAUAAAUAAUAAAUAAAUAACAUGGAAAGACUUUCUGUGCAGAAUAAUGUAAUAACCCUAACAUAGUUGUUAACACAGCUAUAUACAUAACACAACAAAGGGCUGGGUAGUUAGACAGAUGAGGUUGGAACAGUGGAGAGUUUUAAAUCCCAUUUGAAAAGAUUUUGCUCAAGCUUCUCUCAUAGAGAACAGGGUACAAAGGUGACAUCAGGGAGACUAUGAGGCAAUUGAAGUGUUCUCUGUAUGGUUCAAUAAUGACAUGAACUAAGGUCAUCACAGUGGCGGGGACAUUGAUAAAGGGUACAUUUCCGUUUCUAUAAUUUUUGUUUUAUGUAUAUGGGUGUUUCGUGUACAUGUCUGUGCACCGUGUGCAUGCCCGGUACCCAUGGAGGCAGGAGGCGUUGGGUCCUCAGGAGGAGAACAAGAAUUACAGAGGAAUGGGUAUGAGCUGCCCUGUUUGGUUGAUGUUUCUGCAAGUGCUCCUCUUUUGCUGUUAUUGUUUUGUUUUUGUGGGAUGUUGUUGUUGUUGUUUGGGUUGUUUCCUUUUUUGGAUGGGGAAGGAAAAGGAAUGGAUCUGAGAGAGAUGUGGGGAGAGGGUCUGGAAAGAAUGGAGGGAAGGUUGUGGUCAAAUAUAAUGUAUGAGAGAAGAAUUUUAAUGGAGGCCUCAAUUCUUGAAACUACAUAACCUCUUUUUUUUUAAUUUCUUCUAAAUUUUUAUGUCUGGGCAUUUUGCCUACACGUACAUACGUAUGUGCACCAAGUGCAUUCAGAAAGCCCUGGAUUCAAUUCCAAGCACCCACGUGGUGGCCCACAACCCCUGCAUGGGGGGGUCUGACGUCCUUUUCUGGCUUCUGCAUGUCCAAGGAAGAGCUAACAACCCUCUCCAUUUCACUCUCAUGCAAAAUCGUCACGACUUGACUUUGGGACAGGGGUUUGUGGCACAGUUUUUAAUCCAAGCACUGGAGAGGCAGGCAGGUCUCUGAGGCCAGCCUCGUCACUUACUGAGUUCCAGGCCAGUCAGAGCUACAUAGUAAGAUCUUGCCUCAGAAAACAGAAAGCAAGACAGCAUUUCAUUGUCUCUUCGUCCUUUACAGGUAAGCCUGGAGUCAUUAUGGGAUGGUCUCCAUCAUCCAUGCCAGCCCAGCGGUCCCUUCCAGGGCUUCACCAGUUCUCACCCCUCAAAGCUGCCCCGCUGUCUUCCCACAUAUGCUGGCUCCUUCUACAGCUGUUUUUGCUUUUUGCUUGCUUGCUUUUUGAGACAGGGUUAUGUCUGUAGCCUCUUCUGGCUGGUACCCACCACAUAGAACAGGCUUACCGGUAGAUGUAGUCUCUCUCUCCCUCUGUCUUCCUCCCUCUUCCCCCACCACGUUACUCAGAUAUAGACCAGAUUAAAAGUAAAUAAAGGCAGGUUUAUUAGGAGGCAGCUCUCAGGUGGGCUCACCGAUCUCACGGUGGAGGUCUGUGAAGUCACACAUCCAGGCUCAAGCAAGGGGGAUUUUAAAGAGUUUAGGCGAGGAAUGAGGACGUGCCAGCUAGGAGCUGGGAUGGUGUCCAUACACAGUCAAAAACUGAGCCCCUGGGUGGGCACUCUGGGUAGGCUGCCGGAAACAGGGAGAUGUGCUUACAUAUUAGCCCGGAGUUUUCUCUAAGUAGAGGGAGGGCGGUUUGAGGGGAGGGGGCGGUGGUGCCCAGUUUAUGUAGAUGAGCAGAGGUGCCAGCCUAACACCUACCUCAAACUCACAGAGAUCCGUCUGCCCCUGUGGAAUUAAAGGCAUGUGACACCGUGCCCAACAAACUUUUACCUCUCACUCAUUCUUUAAAACUCAUUUCCCAUCACUUCUGUGACUGCGAGGCAGUGUGACUUUAACCUGCCUCUUUGGCUGGCCUAUCAAGGCUGUGAUUCCUAAAGAACAGGGUUGGGAGGCACUGGUAGCCUUCAUUUACCCAGCACCGCACGCGCUGCCCUCCUAGGCAGCAGGAGUAUGGGUGCCAGAUUUCACCCUGACUGUGCAUGGGGUAUUGAAAAUACCAACGCCCGAGAGCCAUCCUGCCCACACCACACCCCAGUGGCUGAGUCCACUGGUCUCAAGGGAAGCCAGGCUUUCGCGUUCUGUCCUUGUUCUUCUGGGGUUUUGUUUUCUUAACAUUUUUUUUUUCCCAAUUCUUCACGGUGUUCUCCUGGAAUCCACAGUGAGGCUCGCUGCCUCGGGCGAAGCUGGGGGCCACACGCACCUGCUCCGGAGGCUCCCCUGGUCUGCGCACCCGGCUCCUCCAGCUCAAGCGCAGGGCGGCGCCGCACUCCGCCCGCUGGCUCCUGGCAAAGCUGUGCGCGUGACUCGCGCUGUGCGCAGCGCCGCAGCCGGGAAGGUGGGCGCGCCCGCGGGCUUGGCGGGCCGAACCAACGCGCCUCGCGGAGGGGCCGCGCGAGGGCUGCCCAGAGCGGACCAUCGGCACCACGCCUGCAGGGGGCGCCGGGCGUUACCAACGCGCGGAGCCGAGGGGAGCGGAGGGGAGAGCCGGCGUGGGCUGCCGCGCGACCCCUGGAGGCGCCGGGAGGCGCGAGACAACGCUGCCCGCGCGGAGAGACGCGGCCGAGGCGAGAAGCAAGGCCAAGAGACCAGAGGACCUCAUGGAUGAUGGAACUUCAACCUCUCAGAGGUGUCAAGCUCUCCUGAUGAAAUGUGUUGUGCCCCACUGGGCUCCAAAGGCAGUAUCUGGCGCUGUUGAUGCCCUUGUUGGAACUUUCCAGAAUGGAUAGCCCCCCUAAGCUGACUGGAGAGACCCUCAUCGUCCACCAUAUCCCCUUAGUGCACUGCCAAGUCCCAGACAGGCAGUGCUGCGGGGGCGCAGGCGGAGGCGGUGGGGGCACAAGAGCCAAUCCCUUCUGCCCCCCGGAGCUGGGCCUCACCCAGCCUGACCACGACCUAGGACAAGCUGACUCCCUUCUGUACCCCAGCCUGCACUCAGCGCCAGGGGCACCUACAGGGUCUUCAGACAGCGUCAAAAGUAGGAGUCGGGAUGGACGAGGCCCCGGAGCUCCCAAGCGCCAUAAUCCCUUCUUGGUGCAGGAAGGUGUGGGUGAGACAGGACUCGGUGACCUGCAUGACAGCAGCACUGGUGACAGUGUCACCCAGCAGUCCUUCCACCUGCACAGCGCCAGCCAGCCCUUCCAUCUGUCUUCUUUCCAGCUGCCACCGUCCGGCCCCGGGCAGGGCAGGCCGUGGGGUGCAACUCACAGUCGACCUGGAGUGGUGGAGGGGCAGGAACAGGACCCAGCGACAGCCUUGGGGACCCAGUGCAGCACCAGCCACUGCUGCCGGCCAGAGCUGGAAGCUGAGAGGAUGGAGCUGGACGAGUGUGGGGGACACGGGGGGAGUGGCAGUGGAGGGGGGACCAGUGAUAUCUCUGGCUUUUCCUUUGAGCAAGAGUGGAAGAUCAGUUCCGACGAAUCCCCAAGACACCCUGGACGCUCCGGCUCGGGAACCCAGCACUGCCACUGCAGUAGUACGUCCAGUCAGUCGGAGGCGGCUGACCAGUCCAUGGGCUAUGUCAGCGACUCCUCCUGUAACAGCUCCGACGGUGUGCUAGUCACCUUCAGCACCCUCUACAAUAAGAUGCACAGCAGCUCCCGUGCCAACCUCAACUCUGUCCCUCAGUCCUGCAGCGACUCUUCCUUCUGCAGCCACGCAGACCCUGGAGCCUUCUACCUGGACCUGCAGCCCUCCCCGGCUGAGUCGAGAAUGUCUUGCGAGUCCCACCACCCUGAGAACGGGGACAGGGAAGAGGGCUGUGGCUGUCCUCAUGUCUCAUCCCCUGAGCUCGAUGCCAACUGCAACGCCUACCACCCACACUCUGAGCCCUGCCCAGCUGUGGCUGACCUCACAGCCUGCUUCCAGAGCCAGGCCCGCCUUGUUGUGGCCACACAGAAUUACUAUAAACUUGUCACCUGUGACCUGUCCUCACAGUCCUCCCCGAGCCCCGCCGGCUCCUCCAUCACGAGUUGCUCUGAAGAACACACCAAGAUAAGUCCUCCACCAGGCCCCUGCCCAGACCCAGACCCCAACCAGCCCUCUGAGUAUUACCUCUUCCAGAAGCCAGACAUCCAGCCAGAGGAACAAGAAGCAGUGGGUUCCCCAGCAGAAGCAGCAACCGCCAUGGGCCCCACUGUACUUGAAGGGCAGGUGUACACGAAUACUUCCCCCCCCAACCUCAACACUGGCCGGCAGCGCUCUCGAAGCUAUGACCGUAGCCUGGAGCGCAGCCCCCCUGUCCGCCUGGGCUCACUAGAGCGCAUGCUUAGUUGCCCAGUACGAUUAAGUGAGGGCCCUGCGGCCCUAGCUGGGCCUGCGUCCCCACCCAGAAGGGUUACCUCCUUCGCUGAGUUGGCCAAAGGCCGGAAGAAAGCUGCGGGCUCCGGCUCCCCACCACUGCGGGCGAGCGUUGGAGAUUCUUCCCAAGAGUUCUCGCCCAUCCAAGAAGCCCAGCAAGACAGGGCAGCCCCACUUGACGAGGGCACUCGAUGUAGCCAUAGCCUGCCGUCCCUGCCCUUGGGGCCAAGCUUGGACCUCCUUGGCCCCGAACCCUGGUCCACCCCGGUUUGUCAGGGCUCCCAGUCCAGCGAGAUGCCACUUCCUAGCCUCAGAGCUGCUGGGCAGGGACCCUUGGCCCAGCUGAUGGAUCCUGGGCCUGCUUUCUCGGGGAGCCCAGCCACCAGCCAUACCCAGAGGGAUUCGAGAGCUAGAGCUGACGGGGGUGGCACCGAAAGCCGACCCGUCCUUCGCUACAGCAAGGAACAGAGGCCGACCACCCUACCGAUCCAGCCGUUCGUGUUCCAACAUCACUUCCCCAAGCAGCUGGCCAAGGCCCGGGCCCUGCACAGCCUCUCCCAGCUCUACAGCCUCUCUAUGCCCUGCAGCCGCGCACAGCAGCCCGCCCCGCUGGUUAUCUCUACUGCUCAAGGCCCAGCCCCAGCUCCCUCAGGAGAGCCGCAGCCAUUCACAUCGCAGGCCUCUGGCAGAGGCGCCAGAAACGCUGGGCCUGAACCAGAGACCUCGCGGCCAUCGCCCCUGGGAAGCUACUCCCCAGUCCGGAGUGCCGGCCCCUUUGGGUCUAGCACCGACUCCUCUGCCUCUACCUCCUGCUCCCCGCCUCCAGAGCAGGGCACAGCAGCCGACAGUGUAUCACCAUGGAGCCAUACCUGCCCUCCUACUGUGCGCCCUGCCACAUCCCAGCAGCCACCGAAGGAGGACCAGAAGAUUCCGACCUUGGCUGAGUACAGGCUUCAUGGCACAGGAAGUUUACCCCCUCUGGGCUCCUGGAGAUCUGGCUUCACCCGGGCAGAGAGUCUGGUUCGAGGAGGUGGCGAGGGCAGCAUGGCCAACAGGCCCAACAAUGCCAACCACCUGUCCCCUCAGGCCCUCAAGUGGCGGGAAUACAGGAGGAAGAACCCAUUAGGGCCACCUGGUUUGUCAGGAAGCCUAGAUCGAAGGCCACCGGAAGCUCGGCUGGCCCGCAGGAACCCCAUCUUUGAGUUCCCUGGUUCUUUCGGCACAACCAGCCAUCUGAAUUGCCGGCUGAAUGGUCAGAUUUCAAAGCCACUGUCGCUGACCUGUCCUGACCUGCAGGACCCCUUCUCCUUAACCGAGAAGCCUCCCGCUGAGUUCUGUCUGUCUCCCGAUGGCAACUCGGAGGCCAUAUCCAUCGACAUACUUCAGAAAAAAGGGCUGGUAAAAGCUGUCAACACCGCUGUGGACCUUAUUGUGGCCCAUUUUGGCACGAGCCGGGAUCCUGGCGUGAAGGCAAAGCUGGGCAACAGUUCUGUGAGCCCCAAUGUCGGCCACCUGGUUCUGAAGUACUUGUGCCCUGCAGUCCAGGCCGUGCUCGAGGACGGACUCAAGGCCUUCGUACUGGAUGUGAUCAUCGGCCAACGUAAAAACAUGCCUUGGAGUGUGGUCGAGGCUUCCACACAGCUAGGCCCAUCCACCAAGGUCUUGCAUGGCCUCUACAACAAAGUCAGCCAGUUCCCAGAACUCACCAGUCACACCAUGCGCUUCAACGCCUUCAUCCUCGGCCUGCUCAACAUCCGGUCUCUGGAGUUCUGGUUUAAUCACCUGUAUAACCAUGAAGAUAUCAUCCAGACCCACUACCAGCCCUGGGGCUUCCUGCGGGCCGCACACACGGUGUGCCCAGGCCUCUUCGAGGAGCUGCUGCUGUUGCUACAGCCCUUAGCCCUGCUACCCUUCAGCCUGGACUUGCUGUUCCAGCACCGGCUGCUGCAGAGCGGGCGGCAGCAGCGGCAGCACAAGGAACUGCUGCGUGUGUCCCAGGACCUGCUGCUGUCUGCGCACUCAACACUGCAGUUGGCCAGGUCCCGAGGCCAGGAGGGCCCUGGAGACAUGGACAGGGUGGCUCCUGGGGAACGGGUGAAGGGGGUGGGUGCCUCAGAAGGUGGAGAAGAGGACGAGGAAGACGCGGAAGAGGUGGCAGUGGUGGCGGGGAGCUCGGAUCAUGGCAAGUGGGCCCGAGGGGGUCAGGCUGGCUGGUGGUACCAGCUCAUGCAGAGCUCCCAGGUCUACAUCGAUGGCACCGCUGAGGGCUCUAGAUUCCCUCGCAGCAGCAGCAGCAGCAGUGGCAGCGGCAGUGAGAAGAAGAAAGGAGUAGGCAGUGGGGGGCCGUCCCAGGCUCCGCCUCCGCCGCCUCGGGAAGGUGUGGUAGAGGGGGCGGAGGCCUGCCCUGCCCCUGAGGAGGCCCUUGGCCAAGAAAGGGGCUGGCCUUUCUGGAUGGGGAGCCCCCCUGACUCUGUGCUAGCUGAGCUGAGGCGUAGUCGAGAGAGGGAAGGGCCUGUUGCCCCACCGACGGAAAAUGAGGAAGGGACCGCAGAGCCUUCACCUGGGGGCAUCAAGUGGGGACAUCUCUUUGGUUCUCGGAAAUCUCAGCGGGAAGCCCGGCCCACGAACAGGCUGCCGUCGGACUGGCUGAGCCUGGACAAGUCUGUGUUCCAGCUGGUAGCACAGACGAUGGGGGCCCGUCGGGAGCCCGAGCCCAGGGAGAACCUGCAAGAGUCACACCCUCCAGCCGUGCCCUCCAAACCUCCGUGCGAGGUGCAGGCUCUGUGCCACCAUCUGGCCACAGGCCCUGGACAACUGAGCUUCCACAAAGGAGAUAUCCUCCGGGUGCUGGGACCGGCCAGAGGAGACUGGCUGCGCUGCAGCCGAGGCCCUGACACCGGCUUGGUACCUCUGGCCUAUGUGACAUUGACCCCAACUCCAAGUUCACCUCCUGGGAGCAGCCAAAACUGAGGCUUGUGCAUGCUGGUGGCCUCAGGGACCCUCACAUCCCCCGAGACUCAGAGCCUAAGAGUCCUUCCCAAGCCCUCAGGCUUGGCUAUGAAAAGUAUGCUGAGAGCUGGGGCCCCGGAUCUCUGUGCUGGCGCCUGCUCCCCAUGCUCAGUAUUAAUUACCCCUCCUCAGUGUCCCAGACCUCCACCCGGGGAAGGAGGGGAGGAACACUCAGUGCUGGGCUGCCCGGUUUUCCUGGCCCAGAGGUCAUUGGUAGGUCCACUAGGCCGACUGAUAAUGAAGAUGGUUAACAGUAUUGGGGCCAGAGUCCUAAGCCCCCCAUGCUGUAAAUAGUCUGGUCGUCAGAGUAGGGAGGAGCCCGGGCUUCUGUUUAUGUAUGUAUUUAUUUAUUUAUUAUUUAUUUAUUACACCUAAUAAUAAAAAGGUGCUCAGCCUCCAA